CCGUGUGCUGGCGAGGAAGAGAAGUCUUGGGAGCUGGAAUCCCUCAAAUAACCUUUAAAGAUGAAGGCAGCGGAUGAGCCUGCCUACCUGACAGUGGGAACUGAUGUCAGUGCCAAGUACCGUGGUGCCUUCUGUGAGGCAAAGAUUAAGACAGUGAAAAGGCUUGUGAAAGUCAAGGUGGUCUUGAAGGGGGAUAAUUCUACUCAGUUAGUGCAAGAUGACCAAGUGAAAGGACCUCUAAGAGUUGGUGCAAUGGUUGAAACAAAAAUGCCUGAUGGAUCCUUUCAAGAAGCUGUUAUCAGCAAAUUGACAGAUGCUAGUUGGUAUACUGUAGUUUUUGAUGAUGGUGAUGAAAGGACACUGAGACGAACUUCAUUAUGCUUGAAGGGAGAAAGGCACUUCGCAGAAAGUGAGACACUUGAUCAACUGCCACUAACCAACCCAGAGCACUUUGGAACUCCAGUUAUUGGGAAGAAAUCUAAUAGAGGGAGAAGAUCUUCUCUCCCUGUUACUGAGGAUGAAAAGGAAGAAGAAAGCAGUGAAGAGGAGGAUGAAGAUAAAAGGCGUCUCAAUGAUGAAUUGCUUGGCAAAGUUGUGAGUGUGACUUGUAAUGCUGAGAAGGCAGACUGGUAUCCAGCUUUGGUUGUGUCUCCCAGCUGUAAUGAUGAUGUCACUGUGAAAAAGGACCAGUGUUUAGUUCGAUCAUUUGCAGAUUCCAAAUUUUACUCAGUAGCAAGAAAAGACAUUAAAGAACUAGAUGUUCAAAACUUACCAAAAUCCGAGUCCUCUCCUAAAAAAGGGCUGCAGGAGGCAAACACAUUUCUCAGGACAAAGGGUGUUCCUCGGAACUGGAAAAUGGACAUAAGCGAAAUUCUGGAGUCCUCUAGCAGUGAUGAGGAAGAUGGAGCUGCUGCAGAAACUGAUGAAGAAGAAGAAAAGAAAGAAGAGAAAACAGAAGAAGUAGUGCCUGAGGAAGAGCUUGAUCCUGAAGAGAGGGACAACUUCCUCCAACAGCUUUACAAGUUUAUGGAAGACAGAGGUACUCCCAUCAAUAAACCACCUGUUCUGGGCUACAAGGACCUUAAUCUAUUCAAACUUUUUAGACUGGUUUAUCAGCAGGGUGGGUGUGACAAUAUUGAGAGUGGUGCUGUAUGGAAGCAAAUUUAUAUGGACCUUGGCAUUCCUAUUUUGAACUCGGCUGCUUCCUACAAUGUGAAAACUGCUUAUAGAAAGUAUCUUUAUGGUUUUGAAGAAUACUGCCGUUCUGCAAACAUUCAGUUUAGGACCAUCCAUCACAAUGAACCAAAAGUGGUAGAGGACAUACAGAAACACGUGGAACCAAUGGAGGAGAGUGUAAAAGAGGAACAAAAAAUGCCCCCAACAGAAGUUAAAAAAGAAGCAGAAGAUAAUUAUUCCAGCAGUGAGAGUGAAAAGGAAGAAACAGAACUGAGAUCCCCAAGGGGACGGAGACGACUUGCCCGUGAUGCAACCCCUGCAAAAAAAGACGGUGAAGAGGAUAAAAUACAAGACAAAUUAAAAGACAGUAACAAAGAAAACAAAGAUGUAGAGGAAACACCUGAGAAUUCAGAAAAGAAAGAAAAUGAAACUCCACUAGGGAGAAAAACUACACCAAAGCAAAAAGAGAAAAAAAUCAAAAAACAGGAGGAUUCUGAUAAAGAGUCAGAUGAAGAGGAAGAAAGGCAGAGGGAAAGGGAGGAAAUUGAGAACAAAGGAGAAUCAGAAGGUGAAGAGGAUGAGGAGGAUGCAGAACCCUGCCUGACUGGAACCAAAGUGAAAGUAAAGUAUGGCCGUGGAAAGACUCAAAAAAUUUAUGAAGCCAGUAUUAAAAGCACAGAAAUUGAUGAUGGAGAAGUUUUAUAUUUAGUUCAUUACUACGGUUGGAAUGUAAGAUACGAUGAAUGGGUGAAAGCUGAUCGGAUUAUCUGGCCUGUGGAAAAAGGAGGACCAAAGAGAAAACAGAAGAAAAAAACAAAAAAUAAAGAAGACAGUGAAAAGGAUGAGAAGAGGGACGAGGAGAAACACAAAUCAAAGCGUGGGCGACCCCCUCUGAAAUCUACUCUUCCAUCAAACACAUUGUGCAGUUUAUCCAAAACGCCCAAUAGUGAAGGUAAAUCAGGAGCCAGGAGUGCACGGAACAACUUGUCAGAUUCCUCACCAUUACCAAAUGGAACAGAAGCAACACCUCGCAGGCAGACAAGACGUAGCUCAGGAAUGUUUGAUUCUGAUAGAGGAUCAAACGAUUCUGGUUCAUCUGACAGUGAAGCAGAUGAGUCAUCUGAAAAGAAUUUGAAUGAAGAAUUUUCUCCAGAAACUUCAGAACUAGAAAAAAGCGAAAAACUACAUGAUGAGAAGCUAGAUGAAGAAAACCCAAAGAUUCCUCAUGCAUUAAAAGAAAAUGACAGGACUGAAGUACAGACACUAGAAGCACUGAAACUGGAAGUUGAAGAAAGUGAACAAAUUGUUCAGAUUUUUGGAAAUAAAACAGAACAAAUAGAAGAAAUCAAAAGAGAGGCUGAAAAAUCACCUAAAGGAAAAGGGAGAAGGAGCAAGACAAAAGAUGCCUCUCUAGAGAAUGUAAAGAUUUCACCAGGAAGCCAAGAAGAGGUGGCAAAUGAAUCUCUAACAGAACCUGAAAGAUUAGAUGUGUCUUCCUUGGACUGUAAAGACAUUUCCAGCACUACUGAAAGUGAAACAGAACCUUUUACAAAAGACAAGAAACUUUUGAAAAGGAAAACUUUGGAACAGGCAUCGCCUGAGAAGAGAAAUCGACUAGAGAGUGAGAUGGAAGUGCCAAAUAUUGUAUCUGAAGAGAGGACCAAUGAAUGUACCGGAGCAGAAGAAUGUAGAGGGGUGAAUGCUGAAGAGUCCCUCAGAACUGAAAAUGAAGAAAUGCCAUCACUGGUGGCAGAAUCUGUUCAGCGCAGUCAAGAGCCAAGGCAUGAGAACUUCGAACGUCCAUCUGAGGAAAAUGAGAACGUUCCCUUAAAGGAUGAGGAUGAUGCAAUGCCUCAGAUUGGUCCCGAAACUUUGCUGUGCCAUGAAGUAGACUUGGAUGACUUGGAUGAAAAGGAGAAGAGCGGCAGUGAAGACACAGUAUCAGAAAAGCCGGAGCCAAAUGCUUCGAAUUCAAAUCCAUCUGCCUUACCUGCAGCUGUCCAGCCGAGUUUCUCAGUGGCCUCACCACUUAUGCUAAGUCAGGAUGAGUCGCGCAGUAUCAAGAGUGAAAGUGACAUGACUAUUGAAGUGGACAGCGUAGCAGAAGAGUCUCAAGAGGGUCUCUGUGAAAGUGAGUCUGCUAAUGGAUUUGAAGCCAGUACGACCUCAAGCAAUUGUAGCAUAGCUGUGCAGGAGAGGGAUAUCGGGGAGAAAGGUCAAAAAAGGCCCAGCGACAGCAAUAGUGGAACACUGGCAAAAAAACAAAAGCGUACUCCAAAGCGAACAAGUGCUGCAGCCAAAAAUGAAAAGAAUGGAACAGGACAAAGCAGUGACAGUGAAGACCUUCCUGUCCUAGACAGUUCCAGUAAAUGUACUCCUGUGAAACAUGUAAAUGCAUCCAAAUCACAGAAGAUUUCUCGAUCACCUGCAAGAGUGAUUUCACCUCAUAUCAAAGAUGGAGAGAAGGAUAAACACAAAGAGAAACACCACCACCAGAAUGCUUCGCCUAGAGUGUACAAAUGGAGUUUUCAGCUCAAUGAACUAGACAAUAUGAGCAGCACUGAAAGGAUCUCCUUCUUACAAGAAAAGCUACAGGAAAUACGGAAAUACUACAUGUCCUUGAAGUCGGAAGUAGCGACCAUAGACAGGAGAAGAAAACGAUUAAAAAAGAAAGAUAGAGAAGUGUCACAUACAGGAGCCUCCAUGUCAUCUGCUUCAUCAGACACUGGAAUGAGUCCAUCGUCAUCUUCUCCUCCUCAAAACGUGCUUGCUGUAGAAUGCAGGUGAUAGACGUUUCUUUGCCUUGCCAGCAACUUGCUGUCAUGGACAUAAAUCCUGAAAUUCAACCACAGAAAGCACUCAACAGGUUUGACAUUGCCAAGUAUAUUCUGUACACACUUCCACUGAUGGACUGUACCUGUUCUCCCCUCCUACCCUCUUCUUUGGUUUAAUUUACUGUUCAGAGAAUUUAAGCUCAUUGGUAACUGAAGGUUUGUAGGCACAAUGUGACAUGCUUGUCAUUGUGUUUGUCUUUGUUUUGUUUUUGUUUUUUUAAUUAAUGCAGAGAAAGGGCACUUAUCAAAUUUAAGAAGUUAUGUCCAAUGAAGCAUUCAGGUGUUCUAGGGAGAUCUUAGACAAGCAAGUGCACCAAGCAGACAUCAGAGUAUUAUCAAAAGACUUGAGUAAUUGCUGCACUUUCACCAAGCUGUACAGUAACUCUUGGUGAGUAGUUCCUCUUUAUGGAAGCACUUGCUAUACAGAACUGCCAAAGUAUGUGUUCAGCAGUGUGCCCAGUUUUAAAGGUGUAAAUGGGACAAAAUAAAUUGUGAAAGGAAGUGUAGUUGACUGAAAACUACAGUUGUAAUAAGUCUUCCACUUUUUAUAGGAUUUUUGAGCACACAAUUAUGCAAAUAUUUUAAUGUUUAUUAAUGUUUACAGUGGAAUUGUGAAUAGGUUUUCAGUGGACUAUCUUAUCC